UCCUUUGAAUUAACAUGGACGAAGAGUUAAUGUACACCCCUAUCAAGCAAGAAAGUGUGUUAUCUUUCUAUUUGUCAGGUGCAGUUGCAGGAUUUAUCUCAAUCCUAGUUUCUCACCCUGCCGAUACAGUAAAGGUGAGACUGCAGUGAGCAGAAGCGAGCGUCAGAGCUUCAACUGUAUGAAAGUCUAUCUACCAGAAGAGCGGAUUCCGGGGCUUCUUCAGCGGAGUGAGCGCUCCACUGUUCUUCAGGUCUCCGAUUACUGCCUGGUUCUUUACUUCUCAUGAGUUAAUCAAGCCAAGACUGGAAAUCUUUGGAUGGCAAAGGGAUAUCACCAACUUUCUCUGUGGCGCCUGGGCUGGAUGCACUUUGCUGCCCAUUCUGGUUCCGAUUGAACUUUUCAAGUGAAAAUCUCAGAGCGACAAGACCGGGAGAUACAACAUGGCCAAAGACUUCAAACACAUUAUGAGGACUGAAGGCCCAAAAGGACUUUACAAGGGUACCGCUAGUACCUUCUUGAGAGAAUCCCCUGGAUCUGGGCUGCUAUUCAUGUUCAAGGAUAAAUUCGACAGAGUCUUUAAAGUCGACCAGGAACAGAAUCACUCGAAGCUGAUUGCCAAGAAGAUCAUGACAGGCGGAAUGGCAGGCAUACUUGCCUGGUGAGGGUCUAUCCCUCUAGACACUAUCAAGAGUAUAAUCCAAACUUCUCCUGAGAAAAGGAGAAUUCCAGAAGUUACGAUGGAACUCUACAGGGCGGGUGGACUCUCUAGUAUGUAUAGAGGUCUGAUCCCCCAAUGUUUCAGGAUUUUUCCUGGAAUGUCGAGCCUUUUACUUACGUAUGAAGUCUUUAAGAACUUCAUGAACUAAGAAGGACUAAGAAGCUAGAUAUGACCUCUAAAUUGAUUUCAGGCCCACAGCGAGGUCGUCGUUUGAAUACAGAAGGACACUUAAAUAUUUCUUUCCGAACAGAUUGAACAACCACAAUGACAAAAGAAUGGAAGGAUAAUAUAUUUCCUUCAUUAUAUUUUUGUUGCCUUUUGUAAAGAACGAUUCGGGCAUAAAACUAUGUUUUCAUAACAUUUCGACUAAAUUGACU